AUGGCCACCCACGACAGCAUGGAGAAGGAGCACGCCCACCCGAAGUAUGUCGAUGACCACGGAUUGGACUCGGACUCUGGACACAUCGACGAGUUCCUGCACGAAUUCACCCAUGCGGAGCAGCGCAAGAUUAUCCACCGCGUCGACCGACGUCUGGUCACGACCGUCGGCAUCAUGUACUGCAUCAGUCUGAUGGACCGCACGAACUUGUCUGCCGCAGCGCUCGCUGGCAUGACCCGCGAGCUGAACAUGGUGACCGGCUACGGCUACAGCAUUGUGACCCUCGUCUUCUUCAUCUCCUACAUCAUCUUCCAGCCGCCCGCGACCGUCACUGUCCGGAAAGUCGGACCGCGCGUCUUCCUCUCCCUCAUCACUCUUCUCUGGGGCUCCGUCAUGAUCGGCAUGGGUUUCGUUAAGGACUGGGGCACGCUGGCCGGCCUCCGCUUCAUUCUCGGUAUACUCGAAGCCGGCUUCUUCCCAAGCUGCGUUUACCUUCUUAGCACGUGGUACACCAGAUUCGAGGUCGGCAAGCGGUACUCCUGCUUCUACGUUCUUGGAUGUGUCGCCUCUGCCUGCGCCGGUAUCCUCGCCUUUGGCCUCAUGCAGCUGAACGGCAGGGCUGGUCUCACUGGCUGGAGAUGGAUCUUCAUCAUCGAAGGCGUAAUCACCUGCAUCAUCGGCAUCGGCGGCUACUGGGCCCUCGUCGGCUUCCCGGAUGACGCGCACAAGUCCUUCAUGUUCCUGAACGAGCGCGAAACCAAGAUGAUCAUGGCGCGCGUGCAGGCGGACCGCGGUGAUGCACACACCGAGCCCUUCGCAAUGGCCAAGUUCAUUCGCGGCGGCGCCGACAUCAAGAUCUGGGGUUACGCCUUGAUCUUCUUCGGCACCACCACCAUAUCCUACGCCCUCGCCUACUUCAUGCCCAUCAUUCUGCGCGAAAACAUGGGCUUCAGCGUCGGCGCCGCCCAGUGCCUCGUCGCCCCCCCGUACGUUUUUGCCGGUAUCGUCAUGUACUGCGUCUCGUGGAUCGGUGACAAGUACCACAUCCGUGGCCCGAUCAUCGUGUUCAACAUGCUGCUGGCUGUCAUCGGCCUCCCGAUCAUGGGCUUCCACAGCAACGCGGGCGUCAGGUACUUUGGCGUCUUCCUCGUGACUGCGGGCGCGAACGCAAACGUCCCGGCUACCAUGGCGUACCAGGCCAACAACAUCCGCGGCCAGUGGAAGCGCGCUUUCUGCAGCGCUACGCUCGUCGGCUUUGGCGGUAUUGGCGGUAUUGCUGGAUCGCUUGUCUUCAGAACCCAAGAUCGCCCGACAUACUACCCGGGUAUCUACGCCUGCAUUGCGUGCACCAUCAUGAACAUGAUCAUUGUCGGUCUCCUGACCAUCCGGUUCAGGAUCCAGAACAAGAGGGCCGACCGCGGCGAGGUCGUGCUCGAGGAGAGCGGCCAAGGCUUCAGGUACACCAUCUAG